AUGUCGGCCAAGAGUGCUCAUGGAUACCCCAAUGAACCAAUAGCUAUUGUUGGAAGUGCCUGUCGCUUUCCUGGCGAUUCCUCGUCGCCGUCCAAGUUGUGGGACCUGCUACGAGAGCCACGCGAUGUGCUGCAAGAGAUUCCAGAUAGUCGCUUUAACCCGGAUGGCUUCUAUCACGAAGACCCGCUGCACCAUGGGACGUCCAACGUCCGGCACGCCUACCUUCUCAACGAAGAUAUCGGACUCUUCGACGCGCAGUUCUUUGGGAUAAAGCCCGUAGAAGCCAACUCGGUCGAUCCGCAGCAGCGGAUCCUGCUAGAAGUAGUCUAUGAAGGGCUCGAGAGAGCCGGUCUGCAUCUCGACAGACUACAAGGCUCCAAGACGGGCGUUUACGUCGGCGUGAUGAGUGCGGAUUACAUGGAGCUGCUAGCUCGUGACAUCGAUGCUUUCCCCACGUAUUUCGCCUCCGGCACCGCCCGGAGUAUUCUCUCCAACCGCAUUUCCUAUUUCUUUGAUUGGCAUGGCCCCUCCAUGACCAUAGAUACGGCUUGCUCUUCCAGUCUUUUCGCGUUGCAUUUAGCCGUCCAGAGCCUCCGCUCGGGUGAGUCGCCGGCCGCCAUCGUAGCCGGCGCCAACUUGGCGCUGAGCCCCGAGCAGUUUGUCGCCGAGAGUAAGCUCAAGAUGCUCUCGCCCGACGGGCGAUCCCGUAUGUGGGAUAAAGACGCCAACGGUUACGCUCGCGGUGACGGCGUGGCGGCCUUGGUAUUGAAGACUUUGAGCGCUGCGCUGGCGGAUGGUGACACGAUUGAAUGCCUGAUCCGCGAAACCGGAAUCAACCAGGACGGUCGCACAAAGGGAAUCACGAUGCCGAGCCCCACUGCUCAGUCGGACCUCAUCUGGUCUACGUAUAAGAGAGCUGGUCUCGACUUGUCGAGACCGGGUGAUCGACCUCAAUACUUUGAAGCCCAUGGCACUGGUACGCCCGCGGGAGACCCUGUAGAGGCGGAAGCCAUUAGCACGGCCUUUUUCGGCCCAACCGUCGGCUUCAAGCGGUCCGAGUCCGACCCGCCACUCUACCCGUUUUACACCAACCUUGAGAUUCCCCGGCAGGCCACGGAAUGGCCCGCCCUCGCGCCAGGAGUGCCCCGCCGCGUGAGCAUCAACAGCUUUGGCUUCGGAGGCGCCAACGCUCACACCAUCCUCGAGGAGCACACGCCGGCUUCGAAUCAGGCAAUCACCCCGCCCCUGCAGGCUGCCCAGCUAAGUCCCUUCAACUUCUCCGCCUCGUCGGAAAAGGCACUGUCUGCAAUUCUCGCCGCCUACGCUUCCCAUGUACGGGAAAACCCAUCAAUUAGCCUGCGCGACCUCUCGUGGACUUUAAAUUCUCGUCGCUCUACCCUGCCGUUCAGGCUUAGCGUGGCGGCGAAAACCACCGAGGGCCUCGUGUCGAAGCUGGACGAUCUCGCCCAGUCGCUUACGGGUGUCGUGGCUGCGGGUAGCCGUACCUCGUAUGGUCCCGAUGGCCCGAAACUGCUCGGUGUCUUUACUGGACAAGGCGCGCAGUGGGCAUCCAUGGGCGCGAAGCUCCUGGCUACGUCCAAGGUGGCGUCGGAUCGCAUUGCGGACUUGCAAGAAUCCCUGAACAGCCUCCCGGCGGAGCAUGUACCGGAAUGGAGCCUUUUGGAAGAGCUCUCCAAGGAUAAGGCCGCCUCGCGUCUCUCGGAAGCGGCCUUCUCGCAACCCUUGUGCACCGCCAUACAGAUUGUCAUUGUCGAUCUUCUCAAGGCUGCCGGGAUCAAGUUUGCGGCCGUUGUCGGCCAUUCAUCGGGCGAAAUCGCGGCGGCUUACGCUGCUGGGGGCGCCAUGAUGGCCGUGGGAAUCACAUACGAAGAUGCCCAAGACCUCUGUGAGCUAGAAGAUCUCGAGGGGCGAAUCAGCAUCGCCGCGAGCAACUCGCCCGAGAGUCUAACUCUAUCAGGCGACUCCAACGCCAUUGAGCUCGCGCAAAAGAUUCUCGAGGACGAGAAAAAGUUUGCUAGGCUGUUGAAAGUGGACAAGGCGUAUCAUUCUCACCACAUGCUUCCUUGUGCCGCUCCCGUAUACGGCGAAGACAUUGAAACCAUUGGGCUUUCCACGCUCUCUGGAGAGUACUGGAGCAGGAACAUGGUCAACCAGGUCAAAUUCUCGCAGGCGCUCGAAUACGCCAUCAGCGCCAGUGGGCCCAUCGACCUAGCCAUCGAGGUUGGUCCGCAUCCGGCCUUGAAAAGCCCCGCUCUGCAAACCUUCAAAGCCGUCACGUACGGCGAAGUUCCCUACGUCGGAACCCUUCGUCGUGGCGCAGACGACGUCGAGGCUCUUGCCGAGGGCCUGGGCUCGGUCUGGCAAUAUUUGGGCGGCAAAGCCAUUGACUUUUCGGCAUUCGACCGACGGGUUCACGGCAAUGGCUCGGAUGAAGAUGUGCCCAGGCUGCUAAAGGACCUUCCAUCGUAUGCUUGGGAGCAUGAUCGCGUGUACUGGCACGAGUCUCGCUACUCAAAGGGGUUCCGCUCCAGCAAUCAACGCCCGCACCAGCUCCUCGGUACAAAAUUGCCAGACGGCACGGAAAACGAAGUGCGAUGGAAAAACUACCUUCACCCCCGAGAAAUCCCCUGGCUUGUCCACCAUCAAGUGGAUCGGCAAAUCGUCUUCCCCGCGGCCGGCUACCUUUCGGCCACUGUGGAAGCCGUGGCUCAAAUCUACGGUUCUCGCUCGGUACAACUUAUUGACCUGUACGAUGUGGUUAUCGGCCAAGCCCUCGUCCUAGAGGAGAACUCUAGCGUCGAGACCCUCUUCAGCUUCCGAGUGAUUGAAGCAGCCGAACACUAUGUGGAAGCCGUCUUUUCUUUCUUUUCCGCAUCCACCAAGGAUUCUACAAGCAUGUCGAGAAACGCGCACGGCAACCUGCGCAUCUCUCUCGGGGCCUCGACCGAAAACGAGCUACCCAGCCCGUACAUCUCGGAACGCGAAUUCCUAGAAGUUGAUCCCCAGCGCUUCUAUAACACGGUUCGAGAUAUUGGAUUGGGAUACACUGGGCCGUUCCAAAGAAUCGUCGAAGCCCGAAGGAGGUCGGGUGAGUCGUCCGGCAUCAUCCAGACCCCGGACGAGGAAAGCGAAGGCGAGACCCCGUUGAUUAUUCAUCCCGGUACUCUUGAUUGUGCUAUCCAGUCGAUUAUUUUGGCGUAUAGCUUCCCGGGCGACGGUAGGAUCCGAUCAAUCUACCUGCCGACGAGCAUUGACCGUCUCCGGAUUGACCCGUCGAGCAUUAUUCGCCACAAGGGACCGGAUGCACAGAGGCUUCCAUUCUUCGCGUACAUCACAUCGGAUAGGCCGACGGACCUGUCAGGAGACGUCGAGAUCCAUUCCGAGGACGGUAGCGCGACCCUUGUUCAGCUUCAAGGGCUGCGGACGACGCCUUUGACGCCACCGGCUCCGUCCAACGACCUUCAGCUCUUCUUCCGUACGUCUUGGCAGCCUGAUGCGCCGACCGGGAACCCAGGCCUAUGGGGAGGAACAGGCAACUCGUACGACUACAAUCUUGCUUUCGCUCAAGAGAGGGUCGCGUACUACUAUGUGAAGCAGUUGCAUGAAGCGAUACCUCCGGGUGAACGGCUCAAUCUCCAGUGGUAUCACAAGGCAUUUUAUGAGUAUAUUGACCAUGUGUUGGCAUGGGUAGAGCAAGGAACACACCCGUUUGCUCGAGCAGAGUGGAGCAACGAUACUCAGUAUGACUUGGUCGAGAUCUUUGAUCGAUUCCCCGACAGUAUUGACCUGCGUAUCAUGCGAGCUGUGGGGACCAAUUUGGAAUCUGCGAUGCGACAGGACAUGAACAUCCUCGAGGCCAUGAUGGAGGACAAUAUGCUGAACGACUUCUACGCUACCUCCUUGGGUAUGCAGGAUUACUUGCAAGAUUUGGCCCGUAUGGUAGGCCAGCUGAGCCACCGUUAUCCGCACAUGAACGUGUUGGAAAUUGGCGCGGGUACUGGCGGUGCUACGGAUGUCAUCUUCCGUCAGCUCAAGGAGUCAUUUGCGUCUUACACAUACACGGACAUCUCCAGUGGCUUCUUCGAGAAUGCGCAGGUCAAGUUCCAGCAACACCGCGCCAAAAUGACAUUCAAAGUCUUGGACAUAGAAAAGGAUAUUCUCGCGCAGGGGUAUGCUCCGCACUCCUUUGACCUCAUCGUCGCUUCUCUGGUCCUACAUGCCACCCGCGACCUCGACCAGACUAUGCGCAACGUGCACAAGCUCCUCAAGCCGGGUGGUCGUCUCAUCAUGCUCGAAAUUACGGACAACGAUCCUAUCCGGUUCGGUUUCAUUUUGGAGUGGGAGACGCUCGCUGCCAAGACUGGGUUUUCCUCGAUUGAGGCCAUCACAUCCCACAAUCAGACCUUCCCACUCCCGCUUUCCGUCAUCGCCACACAGGCUCUGGAUGACCGAGUUACCUUCCUUCUUGAUACUCUUGCAGGAACAGCGGAAUCUCUCCAGCUCGAGAGCCUCACCAUUCUUGGGGGCGCCACCAGCAAGACCUCGGAGUUGGCUCAGGCAAUCGAGGCUGCGGUUAGCCACCAAUACAAGAGCAAGCCCAGGAGAAUCCUAUCGCUCGAGGAUGUACCGCGCCACGAGCUGCCAUACCUGGGGAGCCUCGUCAGUCUCCUGGACUUGGAGGAUGAGCCCACGUUUGAACGAGUCACCCCCGAGAAACUGGCGGCGUUGCAGGAGAUCUUCAAGCAGAGCAAGACAGUCCUUUGGGCGACGCGCGGUGCUCUCCAAGCAAGCCCCUACCGAAACAUGUACAGGGGUUUGCAGCGAACAAUGCAGAAGGAGUUGAAAGACUUGAAGGUGCAGAUGCUCGACUUUGCCUCAGAAACAGACGUCGAUGCCAAGACCAUUGCAUCGAAGCUCCUGCAGCUGGAAGCCUUCAGCGUCUGGGAGCAGGCAGGCCGCACAAACGACCUUCUCUGGUAUCAAGAGACCGAGGUCUUGGUCCACAAUUCUACCUCUUUGGUGCCUCGCAUUCGCCUAGACUCGAGGCGAAACCGGAGAUACAACUCUGGUCGACGCUUGCUCACCGAAGACAUCAACCUCGACCAGGCGGUCGUUGGCGUGAGACACUCGGGAUCCAGCUUUGUGAUUGAGCAAAGAAAUGACACGCAAAAUACGGCACGGCCUGGCUACGUCGACGUUUGCCUCGAAUACUCGCUCCUCAAGACCGUUAAAUUGCCAAAUGGUAGUUUUCUCUACUUGUCGACUGGUCACGAUGUUUUGAGCGACGAACAAGUCAUUUGCUUGUCCGUUGCCUUGGAAUCUCGCAUUCGGACACCCGAGAGCUGGGUGCUCCGACUUAAUUCAGAGUCGGAAGAAGAGUCCAAGAGGGCUUUGCUGGGCCUUUACCUCCAGAUUCUCACCGAAAACAUCCUCUGGGGCGUCAAGGCUGGGGAGUCGGUCGCGAUCCUGAACCCUUGCUACUCUCUCGGGAACAUCCUCACGCAAAACAGCGCCGAGAGAGGCGUAAAUAUCAUCCUCCUCACCGAUGCCGCUACGGGCAAGGAGAUUACCGCUCGGCCGUGGACUUCUAUCCACCCGCGCGCGACCAAGUACGCGCUUCAGAGGGUGAUACCAAGGAACCUGAGACGUUUUAUCCACAGUGGGGAUAGCGAUGAUCUUGUCGCCGCCAUCAUUGAUGCUCUGCCGCCCAAAUGUGUGGUGGUCAACCAACAAGACUUUACGAGCCUUGGACCCAGCGUUGGCCUGGGCUACACGACAGUCUCGGCGGUAGCAGGCCACUUGCAAGCUGCGUGGACACGAUCCGUGCUUUCUGUUACGGUCCCCGAAUCGCACCCGUUGGUCGCCAUCUCCGAGUUGUCCAAGUAUACCACUUCCCUCAGCAAGCAAACCUUCCUCUCUUGGUCAUCGUUGCGAGGCACCCCCGUUCAGCUCCAGCCCGCCACCAAAGUUGUGCGGUUCUCCAAGGACAAGACGUACUGGAUGGUCGGUCUCACUGGAAGCCUGGGACUGUCUCUCUGUGAAUGGAUGGCUCAGCACGGCGCGAAAUACAUUGCUCUUUCCAGCAGAAAUCCACGAGUGGACGAUGGCUGGAAGCAGGCCAUGGCAGAUCUAGGCUGCACUGUUCGAGUCUUUGCAAACGACGUCACAAACCGAGAUGAUGUUAUUUCGCUCCACAAGAAGAUUUCAGAGACUCUUCCGCCCAUCGCUGGUGUCGCUCAAGGCGCCAUGGUGUUGGAUGAUGCGCUCUUCGCCGACGUCGACGUGGACCGCUUCAACAAAAUCACCAAACCCAAGAUUAACGGCAGCAUUUAUCUAGAUGAGCUCUUUUCCAAUGAUCAAUUGGAGUUUUUCGUCUUCUUCUCGUCGGUAGCUUACGUGACUGGUAACGCCGGACAGAGCAUCUACGGGGCGGCUAGCGCGUUCAUGGCCAGCCUUGCUACGCAAAGGCGGCGCCGGGGCCUGGCUGCCUCUGUCAUCAACAUCGGCGCCAUUCUUGGGACCGGGUAUGUAUCCAGAGAAUUGUCGCUACAGCAGCAGGAAUACCUACGCAAAGUUGGCCUAGUAUGGAUGUCGGAGCAGGAUGCCCACGAAAUAUUUGCCGAGGGAAUUCUUGCCAGCCGUCUGGACUCGGAGGAUAGCUCGGAGUUUGAAACAGGUCUUCGAACCGACGAAGGGCGCUCGCGUGAUAUCGUCGACGAGCCUCCCAUGCUGCAGCAUCUCGGUGUCAAGGGAAAUACGACUGCGAGCGUUGGUGUCCAAGCCAAGGAGAUUAUCAAGACCAAGGCUCGGCUGUUGACGGCAACAACGAAUGAGCAAGUAUUUGAGAUCCUCAAAGAGGGAUUCCUGCUCAAGCUGCAGGCAGCCCUGCAAGCCGACCCAAAUAAACCCAUGUUGGAUUUGAGCCUCGACGAAAUUGGCGCCGACUCUUUGGUGGCGGUCGAUAUCCGGUCUUGGUUCCUCAAGGAAUCGGGAGUCGAUGUGCCGGUCCUGAAGAUCCUGAACUCUCCCGUGAUCCCCAAUGUCCCGCGCGAGGGCGAAACCCAAUCAGCCGAGCAGGCGCUCACGGUGCCUCUAGUCGGAGACAUUCCGCAGCUCACUCGCAAAGCAGAGUCAGACUCCGAUCUGGUGGCCACGUCCUCGUCACAAUCUGAUUCAAGAGGGUCAACGGGCGAGGACACCACGCCGAGAAGCUCCGAAGUGCCAUCCGAAGCCGACGAAAAUGAUUUGCCCAAGCCAAUCGCCGCUCCUAUUGAGCACUCGCUGCCGAGCUCGUUGGGCGAAAAACUGGUGGCGGAGAGAAUUGUACCCUUGUCCUUUGGCCAAUCUAGAUUCUGGUUCCUGAAGCACUACGUGCAGGACAAAACCGCCUUCAACAUCACAACCGUGAUCAAGUUGAAGGGCCGGCUCCAGGUGGACGCCCUGGAACAAGCACUCCUCGAGGUCGGGCAACGCCACGAAGCUCUCCGGACUCUCUUCUUCAUCGAUGAAAAGACGAGGACGCCCAAGCAGGCAGUAUUGCCGAAGUCUCUCCUGCGACUUGAGAAGACAUCGAUAACUAAUGAGAAAGAGCUAGACGGCGAGGUCCUGCGAGCCAGACAGCACGUAUUUGAUAUUGAACACGGCGAGGCUCUACGAAUCCAACUCUUGUCCGAGUCACCGGAAUCUCACUGGAUCAUCCUCGGAUAUCACCACAUUUAUUUGGACGGCAUCGGCUACGUCGUCUUCAUUUCGGACUGGGAAAAGGCAUACAACGGGGUACUCGAAACAAAGCCGUCAAAUGUGCUUCAGUACCCCGACUUUUCGCUCAGGCAGAUACGCGAGUAUCAGUCGGGCGCGUGGGCCAACGAGCUUUCCUUUUGGCGCAGCCAGUUCCAAGACCUGCCCAACGCCCUUCCCCUGCUGCCUCUGACGCCACUAUCGACGCGACCUACCACAUCCGGGUUCGGCGCCUACACAGCGAGCUUCCGUCUCGAUCGGGACCUCUCGGACAAAGUCAGCCAAGUCAGUCAGCGAUUCAAGGUUACGCCUUUCCACUUGCACCUCACCAUCUUCCACAUCCUACUGUACCGCUACGCGGCCCAGCUUGAAGAUAUGUGCAUCGGAGUAGCCGACGCCAACCGCAAGGACGCCGACGUCCAGGGCAGUUUGGGCAUCUUCCUCGAUCUUUUGCCGAUUCGGCUUCGGCGGUCGCCCCAGGAGACGUUUGCCAAUACGCUCAAGGACGUGCAAAAGGCGACGCUCGCGGCCUUUGGCAACUCGCGCGUGCCGUUCGACGUGCUCUUGAACGAGCUCAACGUCCCGCGCGUGCCGUCGCAUAGCCCGCUGUUCCAGGCCUUUGUCAACUACCGCCAGAAUCAUCAGGAAGCGCGAAGCCUGUUCGGCUGCGACGGCGAACUAGACAUUGUCGCCACGGGCCAGACGGAUUACGACGUGAGCGUGGAUAUCCUGGAUCUUACCGCCAACGGCGGGGAAAGCCUCGUCUCCAUCGCCGUCCAAAAAGACCUGUACGACCAACUUGCGGCGGACACGUUGGCCAAGAGCUACCCAGGCGUCGAGACACCGGUCACCUACCCGACAAUCGUGCAUCGCAUAGACGCAAUCACCGAAAAGUAUCCCGAGCGAACAGCGCUCAAGGAUUCGUACGGUAAAGAAUUGACUUACCGCGAGCUUGCUGCGCGCGUCAACGAUAUUGCCCAACGGCUGCUUGAGAUUGGAUCACCUCUCUUGGCCAUUCUACGCGUCGGUGCCGCAUACGUGCCGCUCGAUCCAAAGGUCGGUUCGGAUAGACUAUCUCUUGUCGUCAAGGAUUCCCGCCCGGUGGCCAUCUUGGUCGACACGCACACGGAGAGCGACGCGUUCGUCACCGAACCUGAACGUUUCCCGGCUCCUCCCACCAUUAUCAACGUCUCCGACGUGCAUUCCACGUCCGAUUCAAUCAGCACUCCUAAUCAAGCGGCACCUGGAGACGCCGCGGUCAUCAUUUACUCUAGCGGCUCAACUGGCGUGCCCAAAGGAGUCAUCCUCUCCCACGCCAGCAUCGCCAACUACGCCGACGUGGUCCCUCCCACCUGGGAUGUCCAGGAAGGCCAGGAAGUGUUCCUCAACCAGGCAGCCUACUCGUUCGACGUGUCCCUGCAGCAAACCAUUAUCGCGCUCGGCAUCGGCAGCACCGUCGUCAUCGUCGGAAACCAAGCGCGCGGCGACCCCGCCAUUCUUUCCCAGCUCAUCGUCAACGAGGGCAUCACCGUGACGGGCGCCACGCCGACCGAAUACCUAACCUGGGCGCGACACUGGAACCCGGAACUGCUGCGCAAAUCGCAGUGGCGCCACGCUUUUACGUGGGGUGAACCCAUUACGAAGCAGCAAGUCCGAGAGUUGAAGGCUCUCGCCAUCCCGACCUUGAACGUCAUUGACGCGUACGGGCCUGCCGAGGCCACCAUUACAAGUGCACACGGAAAACUCGCUCUUGAUGUCAUUAACACGGAGGAUGCGGCGGGGAGCCCCAAGGCCCCACUCUCACCUACUCCCAAUGGCUCCAUCUAUAUCGCAGACGAGAACCUCAACGCAGUGCCAGUCGGCGUGUCCGGGGAAAUCAUCCUCGGCGGCGCCGCGAUUGCUAAAGGAUACCUAAACGACGAGACAUUGACGGCGGAGCGAUUCGUACCGGACAAGCACGCCAGCGCCUAUUUCCAGUCAAAGGGCUGGACAAGAGCGCACCGCACAGGAGACCGCGGUUUCCUAACGAGCGACGGCCGGCUUGUCCUACAGGGCAGGAUUGAAGGCAGCACACAGGUCAAGUUGGCAGGUGUCCGCGUUGACGUCCAAGACAUCGAGGCCACGAUCCUCCAAGCCGCGCCGGACGUCUACCAGGUAGCCAUUUCGGCCCGCAAGAGCGCGGACUCGGAUAUUCCAUAUCUGGUCGCUUUCGUGGUGCUCGCCGAUCGCGGGUCCUCGCCGGCGGACAAGGCGCGCUUUCUCGAGGAGCUUCCGCGCAAUUUACCGCUUCCGCAGUACUUGAAGCCUGUUGUCGCCGUCGAAGUGGACCACCUUCCUACCAAUAGCUCUCACAAGCGCGACCGUCGCGCAAUCGACGCUUGGCCGCUUCCGAACGCCUCCAAAACUGAAGCCCCAGCCUCGACGCCGGAUGGCGAACAACUAACUCCCCUUGAGGUGACGCUUCGUCAACUCUGGGAAGCCACGCUUCCCGAGGGGGUCGCACACCGUCACUUCAUCAACCGAGCCUCCGAGUUCUUCCACGUGGGCGGCAGUUCGCUCUCGCUCAUCAAUCUCCAGGGACUCAUCAAGGAGAGGCUCAAUCUGUCUAUUUCGCUCUACAAGCUUUUCCAGAGCAGUACUUUGGGAGCCAUGGCCGCGUCGCUUCGGGACGUCGGCGCGGCGGUGGACGAACCAGUCGAGACAGUGGACUGGGAGCAAGAGGCAACGCUUCCGUCUGAUAUCCAGCGCAGUGAUGCAGCAUCCCCGAUAGACAACCGAUCAGUCCAGAGAGUCGCCCUCACUGGAGCCACCGGCUUCGUGGGACGAGAGAUCCUGCGCAGACUCUUGGCCGACGAUCGCGUCUCCAAGGUGUACUGCCUCGCAGUUCGAAAGAAUCAAUUCGACCUUCCCGCCAGUCUUUUCACUCACCACAAAGUAGCGGUAUAUUCAGGCGAUCUGGGUGCCCCGCGCCUAGGGCUCUCCGAAGAGAAUGCCAAACUCUUGUUCGGCGACGAAGGAGGCGUCGACGCAGUCAUUCACGCCGGAGCCGACGUGUCCUUUUUGAAAACAUACCAAUCCCUCCGACUCGUCAACGUCGCAUCGACGCGCGAGCUCAUCCGCCUCGCCGCCUCCCGCCGACUACCGCUGCACUUCGUCUCCUCCGCCACGGUAGCCCGUCUCGCGCUCGAAGCCGGCCGCACAAGCUUCGGCCCCGACGAAGUACUCGUGGAACGCGCCGCCAAGGCACUCGACCUCCCCGUCUGGAUCCAUCGGCCUACGAGCGUCACGGGCGAGGAUACCAGCGAGCAGGACCUGAUGAGCAACAUCACCAAGUACGUGCAGGCGACCAAGGCGAUCCCGGACACGACGGAAUGGAACGGCGGCUUCGACUUUGUGUCGGUGCAGACGGUCGGGCGCGACAUCGUGCGCGCGGUGCUGGGCGGCGGUCAAGAGGGCGGCGGGGCCAUCAUGGAGCUUGGCACGGGCGAGGCGUUUGAGGUCUUGUCGUUUGCGGAAUGGGUUGAUCGUGCGGAACAGGCUGGGCUGAACUAUUUGCUGGCGUUGUUCCUGAGAAGGGCUGCCAAGGGGCAGUUGUUGAUUCCCAAGUUUGUCAAGGAGUAA